UAACUUGCAUUUCUUAUGCGACCUUUAGCACAUGUAAUCUCGGGCUUAUUAAUGCACGGUGAAUCGUACAAAUAGCUUUAAUUCGAUUUGUUGUAUUUAUUUCGCACACAACUUUCUGCCGAUUUUUUAUCGUAGAAGUAUUAGUAAUAACGUUAUCUUUAUUUCGCUCGUGAGCUCGCUAAUGUAAAUGAAUCAUGGACGUACAUGAGAGUCGAGAUAAGCCAGUGCAGGAUAAGCCAGUGCAGGAUGGAGAUUUUUUGUCACUCACAGAUAUUUCAGCAAGAAGCAGAUAUGGCGUUUUGUACGUUAAGAAAUUGGAAUAUGGAUUUGUUUGGCAAGAUUAUCUGGAUGCGACAAAGUGCGUGGAAGUUCCACAGAUUAUGUUCCCUCAUGUGGAGCUGACGUUACAGAAUAGUAUUGAAAUAGGCAUGUCGCUAGAGGUACCAGUGCAAAAAAAUAACGACGAGGAGGAAUCUUCGUAUUGGGUAGCUUCUAUCGUCAUGGCUUGUGGACCUUUGUUGCGACUGCGUUACUUCGGUGGUGACGACAGAUCCCUGGAAUUUUGGUUCAACCUUACGAAAGAAGCUGGCCACGAACUUGGCUGGAGUGUCAGAAACAAUAAGAGAUUGGAACCGCCUGAUGUUAUACGCGAAAGAUCACCAGAUUGCAUAGACAAGUUACACGAGUUUCUAAUGACGGCACGUACGCUUCCAUCGGAGAUGUUGACAGGAGAUGGUCUAAGUAUGGCUGACAGGAUUAAGCAGGGUAUGAAGGUCGAGAUAAGCGAUGUGUUGCAUCCACACAAGCUGUGGGUAGCUACGAUUAUCGAAAACGUUGGAGGACGCCUCUUAUUGAGGUACGACACACCGGGCUCUUCUUGUGCGGACUUUUGGAUAUUUUGUACGUCGGAGCGUCUACACUCAUACGGAUUUACAUCCAACUCGAAUUCCAAAUGGUUCUUGGAACCACCUAGUCUGAUCGUUGAUCUGCACACUUAUGAGGAAUGGAAGGAUCUGCUGGAAUCUAAACCGAAGGAGUGCCAACUACCGGAGGAGUUGUUCAAUAACAAUGCGAGUCAUCCGAAGCAUUGUUUCAAAGUUGGGAUGAAGGUGGAGGCUUUGAUUCCAACGGACCAGACGAAAAUCUGUCCCGCUACCGUGACAAAAGUGCUCGACGAUACACAUUUUCUCGUGACCAUCGAUGUAUAUAGCGAACGCUCCGACAAUUCGGACAAUACGAUUACGUCCAACAAUACAUGGUUGUGUACCGCAGAACAUCCGUACAUAUUUCCGGUUGGAUGGGCAGAAAAACAUGGUGUCACGUUUACUCCUCCGCAAGGUUGGACUGGAGACUUCGAUUGGAAAACCUACCUGGAAACGUCCCAUGCGAGCGCAGCACCUGAAAACUUAUUCGGCGAACGUGCGAGCGCGAUCGAGGCGGGCUUCGAAUGCGACAUGCGAUUAGAAGCCGUCGAUCCGGCGCACGAGGAUGUAAUAUGCGCCGCCCACGUUACCAAAAUCAUCGACGGUCUGUUAUGGAUAAAGUUAGACAAUCAUGAAUCUUCUCGGCCGGAUCACGUAGUCAGUAUGCAUUCUUUGCAAAUCUUCCCCGUUGGAUGGUGCGAGUCUAAUCAUUAUCCGCUGAAGCCUCCGCACGAUUACAUCGAAAUCUGUAAGAGACUGGAAACAUCGGCGAAGGAGGAAAAGAAGAACAAUAUUUUGGAUAUACCGAUAUCGGAACCGCGGUCUUCGCUCUGGUGUCCCAAGAUAUACUUUAAUUACCGAUGCUUUACAGGCCCGAUGAUCUCGAAGGGCAAAUUAGCGACUCUCCCAAAGGCAGUUGGGCCCGGACCAGUUAUACUGGUCAUGCGAGAGGUCCUGUCGAUGAUCGUGUCCGUUGGCUACAGAAGCGCUAGGAUCUUGAAGGUUCUACAGUGCGAUUCUAAACCAGAUCCCGGGUAUCACCUCGAGGUUUUGAAGGCGAAGCACAAGAACAACACGUAUCGCGCGAGCGUAGCUAUCGUCACGUCGGGAGACAUGGUAGCAGACUUUUGUAGGAAUAUUUGUAAAAAGUUAAUGGUAUGCCCUAAUUUAUUCGGUCCACUGCACGUCCCGGAAAACGAAUGUCCAGAUGAGUGCUACAAAACAUCGAAAACAAAAUUUACAGCAUCGGUUGGAACUGGGAAGAGAGGCAAGCCAAAGGGAUACACGAGCAUCAUGGUGCAGAAGCCGAAACCGUGGGGCAGGAGGCGCAAGAAGAGGCGUGGCAGAUGGGCGAACAAGCACAAAGAGGCUCACGAUGAGUACGAUCAGGAGGAUGAAAUGCCGUUCAUGUCGUUAGACUUGGCGAAACACGUGAUUGCGGACGGUCACGUCGAGGAGGCCUUCGACGGGAGGCAGCCGCUGUCGGAGAUCGAUAUCAUGAUACAAAAAGGUUUAGAAAAGUCCGACAAGUCGGACGAUCUGAAAACUGAGAUACCCUCCAGCAAUAUUUCAGAGGACUCGGGCAGCUCGUUCAAUGACAGGAAAGUGAAGGACAGGGGGGCGUGCAGCCCGUCGGCGUUGAAUCUCAAGCAGCACUCGACGAGAUUCAAUCAAGGCUCCGAUAUUGGCAGGGGGAUCAAGAGGGAGCGAGACUGGGACACGAGUAUCGAAUCCGAUUGCUCCGAGGCGGAUGCCGAGUACAUAAGGAUGCAGAAGACGCAGCGGCGGCCGAAGACGCGAAAGCUCGACUCGAAUCCGCUGUACUGGAGCGUGGACGACGUGUUCCGGUACCUCAGGAAAACGAGCGACUGCAAGGAUCUCGCGUACCGGGUCAAGCAAGAGGUGCAACACGGAUGUGAAAUCGACGGUCUCGCAUUUUUGCUGCUAAAUCUUCCUUCGCUUACUCAACAUAUGAAGUUAAGGCCGAGUCUAGCCAUGAAGCUGUGUCGACACGUCGAACAAGUGAAAGUCACCUUUUUCCUGCGACAUAUUCACGAAGUAGAGCCUGAACAGUACUAAGUGGUCAAUUUUUAUUCAAUCUGUAAUUUAACUUGCUAAAUAAAAUUCUCUCUCUCUCUUAAGAU